CGAGAAAGAGACGCUCACGAGAUCGAGGAGGAAGGAACAAAGAAGAGCAGGAAAGAGAAGAGGAGGAAACCCUAAAAAAGGGGCGGAGAAGAGAAGGAGGGUUCCGAGACGAUCAAGUCACGGAGCAAACCCUAGAACGGUCCCCGCUUCUCUUCGACGCCACGCGCUUUCCCUUUCCUCGAUCGGUUCUUCUCUUUUCGCUCUAUCUCUCUCGCUCGCUCUCGGUCACGAUUUCGGUGGCGCUUUUGAGUUCAAUUUUGAUGGGUAUUUGCGAAAUCGUGGUAGAUCCAUGGGAAUGAUUCGUAUUUGUUGCAAGUUUGGGUUUAAUUGAGCUUUUGGUGUGGUUUUGAAGGCCAAAAUUCCGAUUUUUCUCGCCGUUUGAUGUAUCUUCUCCUCUCCGGGCCCGAUUCGGAUGCGAAGGAACCCUUCCAGUUUCUUGGCAUUCGUUCCGCGCGUGGAAUCCCCUUCUUCCACCGCAAAGGCGUCGCCUUUUGCCUCCCCAGAGAUCGAUGGGAUAAGGAGUUCGCCGUAUUGCAGGCGGGGUGACUAGGGUUACGGCUUGGAAAACCCUAGCUUCGCUCUGAUUAUUGAUUGUAUAGCCAUUUUCACAAUUACUUAUUAUUGAAGUUUGAAGAUUUGAGCUUUACUGGGAUUGGGAGAGAUGGGUUCCUCUCAAGGGUCUACGCUGACUUCUGCGGCGGCGGAUGUUGAUGUGCGUGUGCUGGAUUUGUUGCCCGUUUAUGUGAAGGAGUUGAUUGCCGGCGGAGCUGCCGGGGCCUUCUCAAAGACGACGGUGGCCCCUUUGGAACGUGUUAAGAUUCUAUUGCAGACAAGGACUGAAGGAUUUAAAUCCCUAGGAAUUUUUAAAUCUCUUAGGAAGCUGAGGCAACAUGAAGGUUUUAAGGGCUUCUACAAAGGAAAUGGUGCUAGUGUGCUUCGGAUUGUUCCAUAUGCAGCUCUUCACUACAUGACAUACGAGCAAUAUAGGUGUUGGAUUUUGAAUAAUUAUUCUUCACUGGGCACAGGACCUAUUGUAGAUCUUUUAGCUGGCUCAGCUGCUGGUGGAACUGCUGUUCUGUGUACCUAUCCCUUGGACUUGGCCCGGACUAAGCUUGCCUACCAGGUCACAAAUCCAGGUCAGCUUGGUAAUGGCUUAAGGGGUUUUAAUGUCCAGCCAACAUAUGGUGGGGUAAAAGAUGUUUUUAGGAGUGUGUAUUCUGAAGGUGGUGUGCGUUCUCUCUACCGUGGAGUAGGCCCAACACUCAUCGGCAUCCUUCCUUAUGCUGGUCUGAAGUUCUACAUAUAUGAAGAGCUGAAGAGCCAAGUUCCUGAAGAGUACAAGAAGUCUGUCAUACUUCGCCUCUCUUGUGGAGCCCUAGCUGGUCUUUUCGGGCAGACUCUUACGUACCCACUGGAUGUUGUCAGGAGACAGAUGCAGGUCCAGAGUCGGCAACCAAUGAAUCAUCUUGGUGGUCCUCGCAUCACAGGAACGUUACAGGGGCUUUAUACGAUAGUUCAUAAUCAGGGGUGGAAGCAACUGUUUGCUGGCCUGAGCCUCAACUAUGUCAAGGUGGUUCCUUCAGUGGCCAUUGGUUUCACAGCAUACGACAUGAUGAAGACUUUACUACGGGUGCCUCCGAGAGAGAAUAGUCAGAAGACCACUGCUUCAGCUCCUGCUGCCGCAUGAAGCAACUUGUGCUGUAAUAGUGAUUGGGAUUUGCCUUUCAGACAACUCCUGUACAAAAUCAUCGCAGACCCUAACACAAAAUGGAAAAUAGCAUCUGCAUAAAUUGUUGGACAAGGAAGAAAUGAGUGCAUCUCCGAUUUGUCAUUUCCAAUUCCAGUUGAUUGUGACAAUUGGCAAACAGAUUGUUUGAGCUUUUACAAUUUUUAAUUUGGUAUAGCACUGGCUUGGGAGACUAUUCUGGUUUCUAUUUUUCCUCAUACAUUGUAACCGACUAAGAUUGAAGUCCAAUUUGUGGUUGUUUCUUCUUCGGUAAUUGCUUCCUUUUGCUUUAUUCAUGUACAGACUUUGGUCCGAAGUAAUAAGGAGCAACCAUUGCUAUCACAACUAUCCUUCAUUCCUCUCUA